AAUAUCUCAAAGGACUUAAGCGUUUCUGAAGUAUAACACUACACUCGAGGAAGAUCGCAACGGCAACUGCAAAACAGGUGUCCGCUGGUUUAGGGCGAAACGAUUCGCGCGCCGUUGAGCGCGGAGGUCAGUGCGAGGACCUGCUGCUGUCCGGACACCCAUCGCUGGUGUAUCCACCCAUCGCCGUGUGCCUUGCCGCCGCUGCUUGGACGCGGCAUGUGUUCCGGCGGCGCUUGCUAUUAGUACCUGUGCUCCUGCGCCCCCCCCCACGCCGCGGAAACCCUAAUCUACAUCAUAGCAGUGCUAGGUCACGUACCCACAUAGUACCUACUACAUACUGCUCCUACUAAUCCCGAAAUUGGCGGUGAACCUCAUGCUCACAGCAGAGAAGUUUUCACGGUUAGCUCCAUUGGCUCGUCCCUUUCAUCCGCCGCGCCAGUUCCAUCCAUCCCACCUAUAACGCCUCGCUACCCACUGGGUCAAAACGAGGUUACCCAGAGGCGCAGCGGAAUGCGUUUCUACACUCUAGGGUUCCGUUCGCAGACGUUACUACACCACCACAGCCACCUCACGUGCUCACACCCGCCCCUUCUCCACGGCUCCGUCCACCCCACAUCGCCACCUCACGUGCUCAGGCCCGCCCCUUCUCCUCGGCUCCAUCCACCCCACCAGCCGGCGCGCUCACAGCCGACUUACAAUCCGUUGAGUAGAGCGAGCCCUGUAGAGUAGAGAAGUCGUCAGAGGUAGCAGGGCUAGGCUCCGUGUGGUGCGGCAGCGGCAGCAUGCGGCGUUCCAGCGUCGCCUGCCUGGCGUCAGGUCGGGAUGCUCCUGCGGUGGCCGUGAGCCGCCAGGGGAUGGCGCGUGAGCGUCAGGGGGUGCAGCGCGCUCUAGCCCUCGCAUGGUGCCACCGCCCUUGCCGUGACGCCCUUCGCCAUGGUCCACGCCCAGAUGCUCAGAGCCUCGCAAGUACGAUUCCUGCAGGACUGCCAGGCGGCGUGGAAUCGGACCUUCAACGGGUGGAGUGGCCCCAAUCCCAACUGCUUGGCAGCAGAGGGGAUCCAAUGCGAUAGCAUCGGAAUGAUCACGCACAUAGACUUAUUGGGCAAAAAAUUGCAGGGGCCAAUUCCCAACUCCAUCAGCAACCUCAGGGAGCUCGUUUACCUGUACGCAUGAGCACUUGGGGGGGCACGAGAUGGGCCGGCCCGGCCGUCCCGUCAUUGGGCGGGCUCGGGCCUCUUUGCACGAUGGCCCGACCCAGGCCUGCGGGUCUGGCAGCCCGUCGAUGGGCCACGGGGGGGCCGUUGAUGGUCUGGGUGACACGAGUCGUUCAGAUAAAAGUCCCAAUUUUUCCAAACCCAAGCCCGCUGGGUUGUGCCUCGCAACGCAAUCCCUCCUCUCUUCACUUGUCCUCCUGUUUUUUAGUUACUUUUCUCCUGACCACUCCAUCCAACCCUACUCCUUUUUCUCCUAUCCUUUCUAGCCUGCUUAGAACCACCCUCUCCUUUUACCGUACAUUGCGUAGUUCGUGCUAAUAUGGUGCACGGCACUGGACUGGAUUCGUUGCAAUACUGAAUUGUCUACAGACGUUCGCUUAUGCCUAACUUAGCUUUUGCAAGACGCUGGUUGAUCCCCUGUUGUGCCCAAUAGGUAAGGGGGCGAGUUGCUAGAAUAGUAUCUAGUGCAGGGUCGCACAGGUGUCAAGCUGCGAGGCAGCUUAAUAAGUUUAUCCCCUCUUC